AUGGAGCUGCAGAGGAGGACAACGGGGCGUGAUGACUCAGAUUCUGGCAUGAUCCUUCUUGGUGCGGUCGUGCUGCUGGGCCUCAUCUUCUUGGUGAUCACCGUUUGCUUCGCGCGCUCCUGCUCGUCCGUGGAAAAAAGCAAGGCAGCUCCCGACAUUGCGUUUGUCCAGCCAUCUGCGGCUCUCCGCGAGGAAGCUCUACCUGCCAUCUGCAGGAAGUUCCUUGCCAACACUCGCGACCAGCCGUUCACAGUGCUUCUUGCUCCGCUGCGUGAGGACAAGGUAGACUGGACGCUGGAUGUCUUGAGCAACUGGAGCCACCAGGAAGAGGUUGACCUGGCGUUCAGACUUCUUUCAGGCUUGGGCGCCAGGGAGGUGGAAUCUCUCGUCGUCCUCGAGGAUGGAAGAGUGUGGGGCAUUUUUGCGAAACGGCAGCAGCUGAAGGGGAGCAUCCCGGCUGAGCUGGGUAAGCUCACUGCCUUGAACUUUCUUGAUUUCGCUGGAAAUCAGCUCACGGGGGCGAUUCCCACUGAGAUCGGCAACCUCGUCGAGCUCAGAUUCCUCGACCUUUCCCACAACCAGCUCACCGGGCAGAUUCCGCAGGAGCUGGGCCGCCUCACCCGGCUUCUCAAGCUCACCUUGGAUUACAACAAGCUCACGGGGCCCAUCCCCGGGACCAUAGGCCGGCUAACUGAGCUGACGAUGCUAAAGCUGGAAGAGAACAGCCUGUCUGGACCGAUUCCCGCCGAGAUCGGCGGCCUCACAAGCGUAAGAAUGUUCCUCGUGUCUCAAAACCAGCUCACGGGGUGGAUCCCUUCUGAAGUUGGGAAUUUAAGCAGCCUCGUCCAUCUUGAUUUAGCCAGCAACAGGCUCAGUGGCCCGAUCCCGGCGACAAUUGGCCGCUUGAUUUACCUGCAGUCCCUGAGUCUUUUCGACAACCAGCUCACCGGCCCAUUCCCUCAAGAAAUUGGCGAGCAGCUUCCCAUCCUUAGAUCACUCCUGCUUCACAAGAACUUCUUGGAGGGCAAGUUCCCUGACCGCUGGAGAAAUCCGAAGGGAAUUGCCGCACUGACCCUGCACAAGAACCGGUUCCGGGGAUCCCUGCCCCGCGGCCUAGAGAGCAUGACCAACCUGAGGUGGUUCACAGUGCAUGGUAACUAUUUCUCUGGGACUGUUCCCCGACUCAGUCUGGAACACAGAGCGAAGGCCACGCUGCACGGGAACCACUUCAGCUGCCAAUUGCCGGAAAGCCUGCGAAUCGACGGGCUGCCUGUGCAUGCCACGGUGGUCAUGGGCAACAUGGUUGGUGUAGGGCGCAACAUCACUGCAAACUGGGUCAGUCAGACGGAGUUGCAGGACUUCUUAUAUGUGUCAAGCAAGGUCUGGUGGGGAAAUAUGUUUGUAUUGGCGGGCUUGCCAAUGGCAAUCCUGGGGACUGGGGUCAUCUACUGCCAAUCUCGGCAAGCCAGCGCCCGCAGUACACAGGUAACUGCUCUGAACAUCCACGCCUCGUUUAUGCAGAGCCUGCGGCUCUCGCUGUGGAUUGCGGCGCUCUGCGCCCUGCUGCUGCCUGCUUACCUCCACGGUGCACGGUACUACGAGUGCGGCCAGCCGCUUGCGCGGAGCACGGCGGCCUACUUGGACGAGUCUCCUCUGGCGGAGCUUUUCGUGAUUUUGGUCUGGAGCCUUGCCACUCUCUUCUUCUCUGCAGCGAUAUCUGUUCUUCCCAAGCUAGGUGAAGGCGUAGAGCCGCCAGACAGGCCCUGGCAGCUGAAGCACCGGCUUGCGUGGCUUCUCUGGAUCGUGCCCGUCACGAUGAUCUCGCUACCUUCGAUCCUGUAUUCUGUGGCACAGGCACUUCCGAAGGACAACACCCUGGUGGCAGACUCGAUCCUGAACCUCGCGCACCGCGCAGCCCCCGCACUGAUUGUUUUUGUCGACGAGGUGCUUGCAGCACGGCUCUCCAUCAAGUAUGCAGGUUUAUCUGGCAUCAAGGCAGACAGACUUCUCAUGGCGCUGAGGUUGUGUGCAGCGUGGCUCCUUCCGCUGCUCGCGGCAGUCGCUUUGCAGGAAAAUUGCCUGGCAGGAUGGAAGAUGUGGUGGCAAACCUGCGAUCCAAAUUCUGAGAUGCAUGCAGCCUUCAAUUGGUGGAUGGUAGGAACACAGGCAUCGAUCCUGAAUACCACGACAGACAUGUGCAGCGCUGAUUCUGAGAACUUUUGGGAAGGCCGUUGCAGCAGGUCUGUCAUCGAAGGUCUAUCGCCUCUCAUCCUCCAAAAGUUAUUGAUUCGGAUUGCUGUACAGCCCUUUGGGAUGGUUCUGGCCUGGCGAGCAUCCAAGCUGGAAGAUGAACGGCCCCUGGACGAAGGCGGCCGACAUCUUCGGCUGCUCGGCUGGGGCCCCAAGACCAGUAGAUCCCUGGACUCGAUGCAGCAGCAUGCCUAUUUCACCACCCUACUGGAAACUGCUAUCGUUUGGGGCCCACUGGUUCCAUUGGUCAGCUUUGCCGUGGUGGCUGCGUUCUUGAGCAAUGCGAUGCUGUUUGAGAUAGGCCUCAGCUUUGGCGUCCGGCUGCCCACGAAUGCAGCCAACAGGGGGGCUGCCCUGUCGCGCUCCUAUUUGCGACUUGCAUUGGCCACUAGCUGUGUUUUCCAGCUUUGGCACGCCUUCGGAACUUGCAUGGCUGGGCGCACGAUGCUGCUUCUUACAGCCACGUUGACUGCUGCUGUCAGCUCUUUGGGUCUCCCGCGCGUGCUGCGGCCGGCCAGUCGGCCGCCCAGGACGGGGCCAGAGGGGCUGGAGAUGACUGAGAUGGAAGAGGCCAAUGCUGAAUUUCCGCCGCUGCGCAUCUUUUUGCAGAGAAUCAUCCACAGUUAA